CUUCGCUCAUCACACAAACAGAUCUUAAUCGUCGGCCUUCAUUUUCCGACAGUUUCUCUUUCUCUCUCUAAAAUUCGAACCCUAGAAAAAAGCUUCAAUUUCUGCAAAAAUGGCGGCGAUUGAGGAACCAAUUGCUGCAACUGGAGAGCAAGAGGUUGCUUCUGCUCCGGCAGCCGAGGAGACUCCCAAGGAAGAGAACACCGCUGCUGAAGAAGUCGCCGGGAAGCCGAGGAAAGCGAAGGAAGUCAAGCCGAAGAAGGCGGUUACUGCUUCGAAGCCGAGGAAGACUCCUACUCAUCCUCCUUACUUUGAGAUGAUGAGUGAAGCGAUUACGACUUUGAAGGAGAGGAAUGGUUCGAGUCAAAAGGCGAUUCAGAAAUUCAUUGAGGAGAAGCAUAAGGAUCUUCCUCCGACAUUCCGGAAGCUUCUUCUUGUGAAUUUGAGGAAAUUCGUUGCUUCUGGUCGUCUUGUGAAGGUUAAGGGAUCCUUCAAGCUUCCUUCUGGCCGUCCUGCUGCUCCAAAACCAGAGACUGCUCCUGCUAAGAAGAAGAAGGCUGUUGUGAAGGCGAAAACCGCUGCUCCGAAGGCGAAGACUGCUGCUGCUAAGCCUAAAGCAGCAGCUGCGAAGCCGAAAGCUAAGGCUAAGGCUGUUGCUGCUAAGCCUAAGGCAACGGAGGCUAAGUCCAAGACUGUUGCGAAGCCAAAGGCUAAGGCGGCGAAGGCUAAGCCUGCUGCUAAGCCUAAGGCAGUGGCGGCUGCUGCUCCGGCGAAGCCGAAAGCUGCUGGUACUAAGAGGAAGGCAGUGGCUGCUGUGAAGCCAAAGGAGAAGCCGGCUAAGGUUGCGAAAACCGCAGCAAAAUCGACUCCCGCGAAGAAGGCUGCUCCUGCUGCUAAGAAGGCGGCUCCGAAGAAGGCGGCCCCUGCUGCUAAGAAGGCUGCUGCAGUGAAGAGUGUUAAGCCGAAGAGUGUGAAGUCGCCAGUGAAGCGAUCAAUGCCGAAGAGAGGGAAGAAAUGAUGAAUUUUGUUGUUGGAUUUAGAUAGUUUCUGGGAUGUGGUGGAUUGUUUGUAGGAUUUGAUUGGGAUGAAUAGUUUUUCUGUAAAUGUUCCGAUGUUUUAGUGGGUGUAAUGUUGAGAGAGUUUUAGCGCCCAUAAUAUACAUGGAAGUUGGAGUUCCUUUUUUUUUUCUUCCCCUUUUUAAUUUACAUUUAUUUAGAUGGUUUUAAUCUGGGAUGUUAAUUAGAUGUAGUUUUAAUAUAUGAGUAUUAAUAUAAGAUAAGAAUUUUAGAUUCAA